GCUAAGGUGUGUUGCUGUAGUCUGAUUCCCAUCGCUCUCCUACAGGGCCCAUGUACCGUCUGGAGAAGCAGACAGAGCCAAACGUUGCAGUAGACCUGGACUUGACACUGGAGAGCCAGAGCACCCUGGAGUUCUGCCUGGUUCGAGAAAACAGCUCCAGGGGUGAGGAGAGCUCAGAGGAAGAUCCUCCUAUUGACAUCACCACAGUCCAAGACAUGUUGAGCAGCCACCACUACAAGUCCUUCAAGAUCAGUAUGAUCCACAAGCUGCGCUUCACCACAGAUGUCCAGCUAGGUACAUACUGUCUACUGCAGGCUGUAAAACGUGUUAUUUUUCUCCUCCAGAAGGUCCUUUUGGGAAGCUUUUUGUAAUAUCACUUGUAGCCUUGCUAACUCUUGAACUUAGAAGUCUUAGAUCACCGUUGUAGCUUGAAAACUAGACAGGAAUGCAAAUAUUAGGAGUCUGUGUCAGAGCAGACAGUAGCAGCAUCCUGACUGUUUGAUCUGAAUCGAAUGGAACUUUAGUUAAAGUCAUUGGUAACACCUGUGUUUACCCUACUAUUUCAUGUCAGAAUGGCUGCUGUCCGAGUUCACACAAUCAGAGUUUUCAUAAUUUCCUAAACUUCCAUGUGGAUGAAACUCCCACUUUGAUUGACACCUGGGUUUAUCUCAUGUCACUAUAAUUGAAAUUCUCACAUUCAAAGAUGUGAUUGACAGCUGACAAACCCUCCAUAUACCAGCAGCUGUGUGUGUGUGUGUAGAGGAGAGUGUGUGUUAUGUGUUUGGUUCAGUAGUCCAUACCUCCACUGCUUUAAUGAAGUGCACUUAACACAGAUGUGUAGUCUAUAGCCAGAUUCCAACAGAGAGAUAUUUUAUUAUGCAAACACACAGCUGUCGCCACUGGCAGAUUUGAUGGAGCUUGAGGUGUCCCCAUUCUGUCGAGUUCCCCUUUGUCAGGGACCUUCACAUGCAAUUUAUUACCAUUUAAAACAACAAAACAGAAAACUGAACAGUGAGCUUUUCAAAGAAUUUACAGGUACAUGUCAGUGCAACAAAGGAUGCAGCAUCAGCAAGGGUAUACAUACAAUAUUUAACUAUAAAUGCUCCUGGGAAACAAUACAGUGCAAAAUAAAUACUGUUUAAAACAGUGCAGGGGUCUAUAGCAGUUCUAGCUAAAUUAGACAAUGGAAAACAAAUACAAUUAAAGCUGCAAGCAACGAUGAACGGGCCCUCGCACUCCACGCAACUCGGGGCGUGCUG